GGGCGCCACGUGACGGCCCGGCGGGGAUAAUAAGCGGCGGCACGGAGCCGCCCCGGGCUCCUCCGCAGGGUCAGCCACAGGGACUGACAGCAGCAGCACGCAGGGAAGGAAGGUCAUCACAGGUCAGCGCCUACCUGGCAGUUUCAGCCUCUGCUCUCAGCAAGAUUAGUCAAUAUUCAUUUCCUGUCACCUUGCAAAAAGAAAAAUUAAAAAAAAAAAAAAAAAAGGGAAGAAGGAAAAAGGACACUGCCACCUACAACCUCUCAGCAAGUAAACGAAACUUAAAUCGUAGUAGAAGCCACAGCAGCUGAAGCUGAUCCCCGGGUAGCAUGAAUAGCAUGAAUCAGAUAGAAACAAACAUGCAGUACACCUACAACUAUGAAGAGGAUGAGUACAUGACCCAAGAAGAAGAAUGGGACAGGGAUCUGCUCCUGGACCCAGCAUGGGAGAAACAGCAAAGGAAGACGUUUACAGCCUGGUGCAAUUCCCACCUCAGGAAAGCAGGCACACAGAUUGAGAACAUUGAGGAGGACUUCAGAAAUGGCCUCAAACUCAUGCUCCUCUUGGAAGUUAUCUCAGGGGAAAGGCUACCGAAACCAGACCGAGGGAAGAUGCGCUUCCAUAAAAUUGCUAAUGUCAACAAAGCUCUGGAUUAUAUCGCCAGCAAGGGAGUGAAACUUGUGUCAAUUGGUGCAGAAGAAAUCGUGGAUGGCAAUGUGAAAAUGACACUGGGUAUGAUCUGGACUAUCAUCCUUCGUUUUGCUAUUCAGGAUAUUUCAGUGGAAGAGACCUCUGCCAAAGAAGGGCUGCUGCUGUGGUGUCAAAGGAAAACUGCUCCUUACAGAAAUGUGAACAUUCAGAACUUCCAUCUUAGCUGGAAAGAUGGCCUUGGAUUAUGUGCACUUAUCCACAGACACCGACCUGAUCUUAUUGACUACUCCAAGCUAAAUAAGGAUGACCCCAUAGGGAAUAUCAACCUUGCCAUGGAAAUUGCUGAAAAGCAUUUGGAUAUCCCAAAGAUGCUGGAUGCAGAAGAUAUUGUGAACACUCCCAAACCUGAUGAGAGAGCUAUCAUGACAUACGUGUCCUGCUUCUACCAUGCUUUUGCUGGAGCAGAGCAGGCUGAGACUGCAGCUAACCGGAUCUGUAAGGUGCUUGCUGUGAAUCAGGAAAAUGAGAGGUUGAUGGAAGAGUAUGAGAGACUAGCAAGUGAGCUUUUGGAAUGGAUUCGCCGGACAAUUCCUUGGCUGGAAAACAGGACCCCAGAAAAAACAAUGCAGGCUAUGCAGAAGAAAUUAGAGGACUUCCGGGACUAUCGCCGCAAGCACAAACCUCCCAAAGUCCAGGAGAAAUGUCAGCUGGAGAUCAAUUUCAACACCCUGCAAACAAAACUGAGAAUCAGCAAUCGGCCAGCUUUCAUGCCAUCAGAGGGGAAAAUGGUUUCAGAUAUUGCCGGCGCUUGGCAGAGACUUGAACAAGCUGAGAAAGGCUAUGAAGAGUGGCUGCUGAAUGAAAUACGACGACUGGAAAGACUUGAACACUUGGCUGAGAAAUUUAGGCAGAAGGCUUCCACUCAUGAACAGUGGGCAUAUGGCAAAGAGCAGACCUUGCUUCAGAAGGAUUAUGAGUCUGCCUCUCUGACAGAAGUCCGUGCCAUGUUAAGGAAACAUGAAGCUUUUGAGAGCGAUUUGGCUGCUCACCAGGACAGGGUGGAACAGAUUGCUGCCAUUGCCCAGGAGCUGAAUGAACUGGACUACCACGAUGCUGCAAGUGUCAAUGAUAGAUGUCAAAAGAUAUGUGACCAAUGGGACAGUCUGGGAACACUCACUCAGAAAAGGAGAGAAGCACUGGAGAGGACGGAGAAACUGCUUGAAACAAUUGAUCAGCUUCACCUGGAGUUUGCCAAAAGAGCUGCUCCUUUCAACAACUGGAUGGAAGGUGCUAUGGAAGACCUACAGGACAUGUUUAUUGUUCAUAGCAUAGAGGAAAUUCAGAGUUUAAUCUCUGCACACGAUCAAUUUAAAGCUACUUUGCCAGAGGCAGAUGGUGAACGACAGGCCAUACUGUCUAUCCAGAAUGAAGUUGAAAAAGUCAUCCAGAGUUACAGCAUGAGAAUAAGUGCAACCAAUCCUUACAGCACUGUUACAGUUGAAGAGAUUCGUAGCAAGUGGGAAAAGGUGAAGCAGCUGGUGCCUCAGAGGGAUCAAUCCUUGCAGGAGGAAUUAGCCCGCCAGCACGCCAACGAGCGCCUGCGCCGCCAGUUUGCUGCUCAGGCCAAUGUCAUCGGGCCGUGGAUCCAGACCAAGAUGGAGGAAAUUGCCCGCAGUUCUAUUGAAAUGACAGGGCCUUUGGAGGACCAGAUGAAUCAGCUGAAGCAAUAUGAGCACAAUAUCAUUAAUUAUAAACACAAUAUUGACAAACUGGAAGGAGAUCAUCAGCUUAUACAAGAAGCCCUGGUGUUUGACAACAAGCACACCAACUACACCAUGGAGCACAUCCGUGUUGGAUGGGAGCUCCUGCUUACCACCAUCGCUCGAACUAUCAAUGAGGUUGAGACUCAGAUCCUCACAAGAGAUGCCAAGGGUAUCACCCAGGAACAAAUGAAUGACUUCAGAGCAUCAUUCAAUCACUUUGACAGGAGGAAGAAUGGAUUGAUGGACCAUGAUGAUUUCAGAGCUUGCUUAAUUUCAAUGGGUUAUGAUUUGGGUGAAGCUGAGUUUGCCCGAAUCAUGUCUCUGGUUGACCCCAACGGGCAAGGAACCGUCACUUUCCAGUCCUUCAUCGACUUCAUGACUAGAGAAACGGCAGACACCGACACGGCUGAGCAAGUGAUAGCUUCCUUCAGAAUCCUGGCUUCAGAUAAGCCUUAUAUCCUGGCAGAUGAGUUGCGCCGAGAGCUGCCUCCUGAGCAGGCUCAGUACUGCAUAAAGAGAAUGCCUCCGUACACCGGCCCGGGCUCUGUUCCUGGGGCUCUGGAUUACACCUCUUUUUCAUCGGCACUGUAUGGAGAGAGUGACCUCUGAAUCAGUAAUUGGCUGUAUUCACUGUAGACACUAAAAAUACCCACCUUAUUGCCCAGAUUGCUUCUCAAAAGCUUUGACAAGCUGAUUUAAAAACAAAUUUUACAAAUACAGUAGGUACUGUCAGUGUAAAGUGCUAGUAACUGAAUUAACCAGUGUAUAUUAAAGUGUGCAGCACGCUAGAUACCUGCCUUGUUGGUUUUAGGUUGUCUGUCCUAUGCAAUGCUAGAAAAUCUAUUAAAAAUUGAAAGAUAUUAACUUUGGAAAAAAUACAUUCAGAAAACAGAAAAUGUUGAAACUCACAAAAUAUUUAUCCAUUUUCAAAAUGUUUCAAUGCCAUAUGCGCUUCUUUUAUGAUGUUCAUAAAACUAUGUUAGAAGUCAUGCUUUUUUUCUUGCAUAGAGCAAUUUUACUUUCCUCUCAUGAUUUCUGAUUUUGUAUGCUUCUAUUGGUGGAAUUGAAUAAAAUACUAAAAUGCAGAUUUUCAGGGAAGAAAUAUAACAACCACACUUAAUUACAAAAAUAAUCCAGAAUGCUAUGCUUUUGUCUCAGAGAGUUGUAAUAUAAGGGGGAAAAGCUGAUUAAAAUGCAGUUUUAGAAUUCUGUAAGCAGUUAUUCUCUUUUAGGCCUUUAACUUUUACAGCUGAGGGAAUAUAACUUUUAUAAUCAGAAAUAAUAAGGAAGCUAAUUUCAUGUGAACUGUUUUGUUAUGAAACCCUCAUUCUUGUCUAUGUUGGACAGUCUUUGUUUCUCAGCAUAAGAAUGCAUUAUUACAUGUAUUAGUGGGCAACAUUCAUCUCUAUCCUGCAUAAAGCAAACUCCCAGCUGAGCAAAUGUAGUAUGGUUGUCUUGCAGCUUUAACUGUUCAGUGCUCAAAAUUCAGUUUGUCCUGAGUUCUGCUGCGUCGCAGGCAGUCUGUCUGUCCCCUGCUCCUGUGCGCUAGACGUUUACUGUUUUUUCCAUCUUGAGAAAUGACAGAAUAAAAGCAGUAACUUUUUUACUUGAAUCCUACCGACACUGAGGAAAUGCAAUGUAAUCAAACAAAACCAUUUACAAAUGGUGAUGUGAGCUGUGCAGCCCAGUGCUAUUAAAGCAAUGAUGUGCCUAUUAAAUAAAGUCUGCUUUUCAAAACUU